AUGGAUAUUAUCAAUGCGUUCAUCACUGACCUCAAUGGUUCAAUAUCACCCCUUGUAUAUAAGUCAAACAUCAUGGCCCCGGUCGCCAAAAGGUGGUUGUGGCUCAACUCCCGGGGGGGAAAGCUGACAGCCACCCCUACACUCAACCCCCGGCUGAAAUUAGCUCCUCAACAGAGUAUCCAUAAGCUCGUAUAA